AUNGUCAGUUCGAGCCAUGAAAUACAGGCAUUGAAUCUUUCUUUGUUAGGUGCUGGUGGUUACGCUAAAACAAUGUCACCUGAGUUCAUAAAAGCUGAAAUGGCGUUAUUUGCCAAACAGUGCAAGGAAGUAGACAUUGUUAUAACAACUGCUCUGAUUCCUGGAAAACCUGCUCCAAAACUGAUUACUAAAGAGAUGGUAGAGUCCAUGAAACCUGGGUCAGUUAUAGUGGACUUGGCUGCAGAGACUGGUGGAAACUGUGACUUGACCAAGCCUGGGGAACUGUACAAUCACAAUGGUGUCAAUAUUGUUGGAUACACUGAUCUUCCAAGUCGACUACCAACUCAGUCAAGUACUCUGUAUGCCAAUAACCUGAAAAACUACCUGUUCUCCAUGGGUGAGAAAGGGAAAGGAGAAUUUGCCAUAGAUCUCAAGGAUGAAGUGGUCCGUGGCUCUAUUGUGCUUCAAGAUGGAGAGCUGAUGUGGCCGCCUCCUGCACUGGAUCUUCCCUUACCCUCUCCACCCAAACCAAAAGCAAUUGUCAAACCACCGGAGCAAUCCCCGUUUAGUGUUGCAGCAUGGGAGACUGGUCUUACAACAGCUGGCUUAGGCUCCCUUCUUAGCCUGGGAAUAGUUUCUCCGAAUCCUGCCUUUGCUACCAUGGUAACCACCUUUUCUUUAGCUGGUGUGAUUGGAUACAAAGUUGUUUGGGGUGUGACGCCUGCCCUUCACUCCCCCCUGAUGUCUGUCACUAAUGCUAUUUCAGGCAUUACUGCUGCAGGGGGGUUGGUUUUAAUGGGAGGCGGGGUGUUACCCAACAACACUGCCACCUCAUUGGCUGCACUGGCAACACUGGUGUCCAGUAUCAACAUCACUGGUGGAUUCAUUAUCACCAAACGCAUGCUGGACAUGUUCAGGAGACCAGGGGACCCCCCUGAGUACACAAACCUGUAUGUCAUUCCUGGAGCGGCUGUUCUAGGAGGGUAUGCUGCCGCUAAGAUGGCUGGGUAUACUGAUAUUGAUCAGAUGGCAUACCUGGCAUCAUCGCUGUGCUGUGUUGGUGCGCUGGGCGGCCUCUCAACUCAGACCUCAUCAAGACAAGGAAAUGCUCUGGGUAUUAUAGGCAUAGGUACUGGCAUGACCGCUACCAUUGGGGCCCUGGCACCUUCCACGGACGUGCUGACACAGAUGGGCGCCAUGAUGGGAGUGGGUGGUACCAUCGGAGCGGUCAUAUCCAGCCGCAUUGCCGUCAGUGAUCUCCCUCAGCUGGUUGCAGCAUUCCACAGCUUUGUUGGCCUAGCUGCUGUCCUAACCGCCAUUGCCAAGUACCUGGCGGAUGUGGAUCUCUUUGCAGACGACCCCGCAGGGAAUGUCCAUAAAGCGGCCAUCUUUCUCGGCACAUUUAUUGGUGGAGUGACCUUCACAGGUUCCUUGGUGGCCUUUGGAAAACUUCACGGUCUGCUGGAUUCCCGAGCGCUGAAUCUGCCGCUUAAAAACCAGCUGAAUAUCGCUAUGGCGCUGGCUAAUGUUGGAGCCAUGGGUUGGUAUAUGGCUACCGAUAGUGCUGCGGUUGGAAUACCUAUGCUGGGUACCGCCGCCACGUUAUCAUCCAUCAUGGGUGUGCAUAUGACGGCCUCCAUUGGUGGCGCAGACAUGCCUGUUGUCAUCACUGUUCUCAACAGUUACAGUGGCUGGGCCCUCUGUGCAGAAGGCUUCAUGUUGAACAACGAUUUGCUGACCAUCGUGGGAGCCCUUGUGGGCUUCUCUGGCGGUAUCCUGUCCUACAUCAUGUGCAAGGCUAUGAAUCGUUCCUUGGCUAAUGUACUGUUUGGCGGAUACGGUACAUUGUCUACUGGCACUGGUACAAGGGAGAAGAUAGAAGGAACUCACACAGAGAUCAAUGCAGACGGUGCUGUAGAAAUGCUGACAGGCUCUAAGAACGUGAUCAUCACACCAGGUUAUGGACUAGCUGUAGCUAAGGCACAGUAUGCCAUCGCUGAUAUGGUGAAGGAACUCAAAGAAAGAGGACUCAACGUGCGCUUCGGGAUCCAUCCCGUAGCGGGACGUAUGCCGGGACAACUCAACGUCUUACUAGCUGAGGCUGGAGUGCCGUAUGACAUCGUGUAUGAAAUGGAUGAAAUCAAUGAUGACUUCUCUGACACCGACCUCGCUCUGGUUAUUGGCGCAAACGACACAGUCAACUCCGCUGCCCAAGACGAUCCAAAUUCUGUGAUCGCGGGCAUGCCUGUACUAGAAGUUUGGAAAGCAAAACAGGUGAUUGUGAUGAAGCGUACGUUGGGCACUGGUUACGCGGACGUGGAUAAUCCAGUAUUCUACAAACCCAACACUUCUAUGCUCCUGGGUGACGCUAAAACCAUGUGUGAUGCUCUCCUUAACAAAGUCAAGGAUCACUAUGGCAGUUAACGAAAGUGCAAACCUUUCUCUAAAUCAAUUGUAUCAGGAUAAUUUUGUAUCUGGAAGCAAAUUCAGUUGCGGUUUUCAUAAUCUCUGUUUGAAAUUUCUAUUAUAAUCACCAUAUAGGAAGUAAUGUCAAGUAGUUUUUGGUUAGGUAGAAAUGUUUAAAAUGUUCCCUACGACCAAAAUCGCCAGAUGGCACACGGCUAUUUAUUGGCUGGUCUUAAGUUUUAUUUCAUUUUCACACUUUCUUUUUCUUCCAAAUAAUCUUCGUGUUUUCCAUUGAAAUACCUUUUACGACUGCAACCCGUCUGUAAAAGUUGACUGAGCCCGCGGUUUACAAAAGAGGUAUUGCUAGGCAACUUCUCUGACGUACGCGGAUUGCGUUAUGUUGUCGCGACAACGAACUUGGACGAGUACGCUAUUGUUUCAUUAUGCAACUAAAAUAGAAAUUUUUCAGUUUAACACCAUUGAUGGUAAUUGUUUCUCAUACGGUCCACAGUGCUACCAGUAGCUAUUCUUUCUCACCCUCUCUGCUUUUAAAACUCUUCCUUUCCAGCAAGUCAUAUUAAAUGACGCCAGUCGGUGAUCGGUAAAAUGCCAGAAAUGUUUGCCGGUCAGCUCGCCGAAAGCGACAGUUACGGUAAAGCAGCCAGACAUGUCUCUGUUAUACUUGAAACCACACAUCGGUAAAAUUUGUUUUAGAAACAACGGGUUUUCAAAGCAACUGUACAGGUAUUUUUCAAGUGUCUUCCUCCUAGAGUGCUAAUGUAACGAAUGUGCAAAAUAAAGAGUGCCUUUUGAAGGAGA